AUGGAGAGCUGGACGACAGCCGUACAUAACCCCGCCGAGGGGCCCGUCCUUGAUCAUCGACAACCUCGUGCUCUCCAAUUGACCCCGUUCCUUCACAAUGGCUCUUGAUCGCCUCAAGCAGGCGGCGUCGCACAUCACAGGCCAAGUCGCGCCGCCACACCCCUUCGACCCCCUCUCCGAGCUCGAGAUCGAGGCCGCUGUAGCUCUCGUUCGCAAGGCCCACCCUGAUGUCUUCUUCAACGCUGUCACGCUGCUCGAGCCGCCCAAAGCCGACAUGAUGGCCUGGAUCCGCGCGCCCCUUGUGGCGCCGCGUCCGCACCGUGUCGCAGACGUUGUGUGCAUUGGGCGCGGCAGCAAGGUGUUCGACGCCCACGUCGACCUGACGGAGAGCAAGCUGCUGACCUGGGAGCUGACCGAGGGCGUGCAGCCGCUGAUCACCAUGGAGGAUCUGCAGAUUGUCGAGACGGUGGUGCGCAAGGACCCUAAAGUCAUUGAGCAGUGUGGUAUUCUGGGCAUCCCGCCUCAGGAUAUGCACAAGGUGUACUGCGACCCGUGGACGAUUGGCUACGACGAGCGCUUUGGCACCACUGUGCGCCUGCAGCAGGCGCUGAUGUACUAUCGCCCCCAUGUGGAUGAUAGCCAGUAUAGCUUUCCGCUCGACUUUUGCCCAAUUUACAACUCGGAUACUCAGGAGAUUGUCCAUAUUGAUAUCCCGCCAGUGCGCAGGCCGCUGAACACAGCGCCACCGAAUAACUACCAUGCAGCCGCCAUUGAGAAGGAGGGAGGAUUCAGGACUGAUCUCAAGCCAAUCCAUAUCUCGCAGCCGGAAGGUGUCAGCUUCAAAAUGGAUGGGAGGUAUAUCACCUGGGCGAACUGGAAGCUGCAUGUCGGUUUCAACUACCGCGAGGGUAUGGUUUUGAGCAACAUCACAUUCAACGACAAGGGCACAGAAAGAGACACGUUCUGGCGACUGUCGCUUGCGGAGAUGGUGGUGCCGUAUGGAAACCCGGAGCACCCUCACCAGCGCAAGCACGCGUUUGAUCUCGGAGAGUACGGCGGUGGAUACAUGACGAACUCGCUGAGUCUGGGGUGUGACUGCAAGGGCGCGAUCCACUACAUGGACGCGGCGUUUGUCAACCGCGCCGGCCAGGCAACGACGAUCAAGAACGCUAUCUGCAUCCACGAGGAAGAUGCUGGUAUUCUGUUCAAGCACACCGACUUCCGCGACAACAGUGUCACGGUUACACGCGCACGCAAGCUCAUCAUCUCACACAUCUUCACUGCCGCCAACUACGAGUACUGCGUGUACUGGAUCUUCCAUCUCGACGGCACCAUCCAGCUCGAGAUUAAGCUCACCGGCAUCCUGAACACCUACGCCAUGCUCCCCGGCGAAGACCUCAAGGGGUGGGGCACAGAAGUGUACCCCGGCGUCAACGCGCACAACCACCAGCACCUGUUUUGCCUGCGUAUCGACCCCAACAUCGACGGCCCCAACAACUCCGUCUUUAUGGUUGACGCCGCGCGCGGCGAUGGCGAAGUCGGCAGUGCUGAGAACAAAUACGGCAACGCCUUCUAUGCAAAGAAGACAAAACUCAGCACCCCCGAGCAGGCCGCCACCGACUACAAUGGUGCCACCAGUCGCACCUGGGACAUGUGCAACGAGGCCAAGCUCAACCCCUACAGCAAAAAGCCGGCCAGCUACAAGCUGGUCAGCAGAGAAGUCCCCGAGCUGCUGCCCAAGCCUGGCGGCCUGGUGUGGAAGCGCGCCGGCUUCGCCCGCCACGCCGUCCACGUCACAAAAUACGACGACGCCCAAAUCCACCCGGCCGGCCGCCACGUCCCGCAAACCUCGGGCGAGCCCUCGCAAGGCCUACCCGCCUGGAUCGCCGCGGCCCCCACCGCAUCCCUCGAAAACACAGACGUCGUGCUGUGGCACACCUUCGGCCUCACGCACUUCCCCGCGCCCGAAGACUUCCCCGUCAUGCCCGCCGAGCCCAUGUCGCUGCUGCUGCGGCCGCGCCACUUCUUCACGCGCAAUCCGGCGCUCGAUGUGCAGCCGAGUUACUGCAGUGUGCCGAGCGGGGUGGCGCAGGGCGAGACGUUGGUGGAUCGCGUUAGUCGGUUGGCGUUUGGGGGCGAGACGGCGGCGGCGCAGGGGAAGCCCGUGGGGGAGGCGGCGUGUUGUGAGGGCGGGAAGUUUGGGGCGGGGGUCUAG